GAUCACUUUUCCUGCACAUACAGUUUUAUAAAAGCAAGCUGUACAGUUAUUUUACUUGCGUGGCUCUGCGGAUGAUUAAUUAUAAUUUUCCACAUUGCCAUUGAGAUUUGUUUCGUUGGUUGGUUUUUCUGUGAUCUGUGGGUGUGAAAAAAAGUUCGAAUACAGUACUGCGAAUACGCGCAUAAUGCCCAGUGCACAGGCCGCUUCUGAACAAACCCAAGCAAUGGCCAAGCCCAUCGAUAGCCGUGCUGCAUCACGAAGGUUGCAGUCUGAGCUGAUGGCAUUGAUGAUGAGUGGUGAUCCUGGAAUUUCAGCAUUCCCAGAGGCUGAUAACAUGUUCUCCUGGGUUGGUACGAUAAAUGGUGGAAAAAAUACUGUUUACGAGGGACUGGUAUAUAAACUUUCUUUGCGUUUCCCAACAGUAUAUCCAUUCAAGCCCCCUCAAGUGAAAUUUGAGACAGAUUGCUACCAUCCGAAUGUUGACCAGCUUGGAAACAUCUGUCUUGAUAUUCUUCGGGAUAAAUGGUCAUCAGCAUAUGAUGUUCGAACUGUACUUUUGUCUAUUCAGAGCCUUUUGGGAGAGCCAAAUAAUGACUCUCCGUUGAAUAGCGAGGCAGCAUUACUAUGGAGCAAUCAAGAAGAGUUUAAAAAGAAUGUGCUAAAGCAUUAUGAGGAUGUUGGUGGUGUUAGAAGUAGAGCUUAAGAAGGUCAGAUCGAGGUGGAGGACAAAGAUGUUUUAUUAUGGCAGAGGGCGCUCACUGCCAAAAUUAAAGAGAAUUUCUAGCUGGUUUUAGAGCAGCGUAAGCUUUUUCUCUAUGUUUUGCCAGCAUGAAUAGCACAGGAUACUUCUGAGGGGCAGCAAAUUUUACAAAUUCCCCAAGUUGUUUCUUUCAAGCUAACUGUAAUAUUGAAUGUAUGUUAAUGUGAUGGUAUGAUGCUCUUAUUAAUGCUAAUGGUAAAUUAUCUUUAAAUUUA